AUGCGGCCCCCGGCCCUCUGGCCCUCUGCCCCCCGCGUUCGGGGUGCUGGCCCCCCCGCCGCCCCCCCCCCCGGCCCCCCCCCCCCCCGGCCCUCUGCCAUCUCCCACAUGCCGGCCCUCCGCCGGCCCUCCACCCUCCCCAACUCCCCCCAGUCAACUGGGUCGCCCCCCCCGGCCCCCCAGCGGCCCCCCCGGCGGGGAGCCCCUGCGGCAUCACCGUCCGACCCGCGGGCCGGCUGGCGCGGGCCAUCCCCCCGGGGCCAGGCACGGUGGCCCCGCGGGCCCCGGGACCGACGCCGCCAUGUCGCCGCAGAGCCUCUUGCCUUAGCUCUGCGUCGCCAUGCCGCCGCCCAUCCCGCGGUGCCCGCGGUGCCCCGCGCCCCGUCCCGGUCCGUCUGGCCCGAUCUUGCCUCUCUACAUGCUCACCGACCCCGUUUUUUCGUAAUUUGGUGA